GUAGCAUCCCUGCAAGCACAGCACCCUCACAUGAAAAUUGACCUUGCGCGCGGCUUGACAAGCGUGCCUUUGUAAUCAGCAAACGGAAACCUAGGAUCUGGCGCUUGUAGAGAGUCAAGUGAGCACGGUGGCUGCGAUGGUUGUUCGCCAGAGACGUUCGGGAUCCUGCAAGCAAGCAAGCUGGAUGCCAGACAUCCGAAACAAUGAUCGCAGCAGAGAGUAAGCCAAGGGCGUCAAAGCGCCUUACCUUGGCUUAGACCAGUGAAAGCACCUCGAAAUAUGCAUAACCUAUCUUCGAUUCUGCAACCACAAUCCCUGCUGAUGAGCCCGCCGAAAUCUCCCCAUUGACUUUCGCUGUCUUCUUCUGCGCUCGACGCCGUGCGCGACAUGGGCAAUGAUGCGACAGAAGCCGCCCUGGGCCUCCUGGGACUCACCGCCGCCACCUUCGACACCGUCCCGACUGUGCCCCUCAAGCGCAAACAAAGUCCUUCGUCCUCGUCGCGGCACCAGCAGGCUACAUCGACAUCGGCAGGCUCAGACACUAUUAGCUGCAUCUGCGGCUUCACCUACGACGACGGGUUCUCGAUUGGCUGUGAUUCUUGCUCGCGCUGGUGCCAUGCCGCUUGCUUCGGGAUCGUCGAGUCGGAGGUGCCGGAGGAGUGGCAGUGUUGGGUAUGUAGUCCUCGGCCGGUCGACAAGGAGCGGGCCAUCCGCGUGCAGAAGGCUCGCCAGAGGAGUGCACUCUCGCAUGAAGCAGAGAAGCAGCGCCGGCGGAUGAGCCCGGGGGUCGACAGGAAGGGGAGAAAGACGAGUGGGCCGACAGCGGACGGCGGGGGCCACACGAAGCGCAAGCGCAGGGUUUCGACGACGACGGCGCCGUCGCAUGAAGACGAGCAUGUCGACAUCGACGAGCCGUGGGCGCUGAGCUACGUGCAUAUCAACCAGGAUACCAUCCCUCACGACGAGACGCGCGACAGGCUACGCCGCGUAGCGACUCGAUGGCGGGGGGUCACCGCUCUCAAGCCCAGCACCAGCGAGCCCACCACCCCUGCGAUCCUCGACCCUGGCGACUUCCAGCCCUCGCCCCUGAUAAAUCUGCGCCCUCUGUCGUCUUCCUCUUACUUGCCGUCGAUAUCAGCAAACCUCGAUCCCUCUGUCCGCCCGCCGUCUUAUGCAGCUCACACCGUGCGCGCUGUCCCCUCGUCAGGUAUGAUCACCCCCUAUACCUCUACUAUCACGCCUUCGACGGCCUACCUUGCCGACCCACUCAACGCCUAUGCACAUCUCAGUAUGCCGAAGCCGUUCGUGCACUUGAUCGGGCCACCCCUCGAUGUGGCUCUCGACUCCCGCACCUCAGGUAAUCUGGGUCGCUUCGUCCGUAGCGGAUGCCGUCCAAACGCUGUUCUCCGGCCUGUUCUCUGUCCGCGCGGCAAGUCGCGCGCCACGGCACCCAACGACACAGACGACGAUCGCGAGACACUGACCUUCGGCGUCUUCGCGCUGCGCGAUCUCAAGGCGCACGAGGAGGUGGUUUUGGGCUGGGAGUGGGAUGAUGGGAGUGUUGUACAUCAGCUACCGGCACUCAUUGACAGCCCACAUAUAUUCCCGUGUGUACUCACUCACAUUCAAUGCAUCUCUUCACAAUUGACGUGCUUCUGGAUCACCAGCCCUCACGAACUGCAGCACCUCCGCCACCAGCUCAUCAACAUGCUCCACGCCCUCUCCUCGACCUUCACAACGUGCGCAUGCGGCUCGAAGACCCGAGAUUGCGCGCUCGCCCGGAUCGCCGAGUUCGUCGAUAGCCAGAUCCCACCUACUCCGUCACCUUCGCCUCCCACACCUUUUACGCCCGAAGGCGAGCUAUGGGGCGCCGCCGGGGAGCGAUCGCGUGUGCACAGCGGUGGUUCCGAAGGAGCCCAUAAGAAACGCGCAAACCUAGGUCCGUUGAUCGGGGUCGAGCGUGGCUUCCGCACGAGAGAACGUGUCCCGUGGUCUGGAGGCCUGGGCGGAGUGGAGAUGGUUUCGUCCUCACCAACUUUGCACAAUGACAAGUCUCCGCAUGAUAUAUUUGCGGAUCAGGUUCUCAACGCAGCCCUGGAUCGUAAAGGAAAGUCCAAGGCGACCGACGCGGAUUACGCGCAGUGGGAGGCCAAGACGAUGUCGGCCCCUGAUGUGGAUGAAGACUCCCCGCCCACGCCCCCGGAGGCAAACCUACCUCCCAAAUUGCGGAAACGGUGGAUCCGCAAGACCUCCGACUCAUUACGGGCUUCGCAUCCGUCUAGCGACCAUGAACCACAUAUCGGCGUGAUCAGCGAAGCAACGGCAAAGACUGGUCAGGUCCAGAGUGACAGUAAGCCAGACGAGCUCAUGCAAGUCGAUGAACCAGCACCUGAUCCUGCCGCAGCCGCCAUGCCGCCUCCUCCCCUUCCACCACGCCUUGCUGCCCUCAGUCCCCGAACCCUAUCCUCCAUCGCCUUACCGAACGCCUCCGUUUUCCCAGGGCCGAACGACACUUUGUCGCCUUCGAGCCAUUUCGCUAACUUAUCGCUGUUGUCGCCUGUAACUUAUGGACCCUCACCUUACUUCGCCGUUAAUGCUGCUCGCCGAAACUCGACUUCACCCACACCUACUCCACCUCCACCCCCACCUCCUGUACAGCUUGCUCACAGUCCUGACAGACCACCGGAGCAGAACCAUGCCAUACACCGAGAACGGGAAGAGAAUUCGCCUCCUAUCCUGUCCAGGCGGAGACCCCGAUCGACAGAGCCAGCCGCUCCGAGCACUGUAGAGGUGGAGGUACACUCAACCCUUCGCGAGUCUCCAUCGCUCGACUCUGGCUCUGUGCCCACACCAGAACAACCGCUGUCGCUCUCGGUAUCUGCGGAGCCAGAUGUGACCGACCCCGUCUCGCCAUCUCACCCUGCUCCUGAACUUACUGAAGAACCUGUACCAAUGGACGUCUCAGCCGACCACCUGGCGAACGCAGAUGUCCAUGAUUCACACGAUGUCGCCAUGUCGUCGCCCUCCGUUACCUCGACGCGUCUUCCAGAAGAGCACCCCGCGCCUCCUCCCGAGACCAUCUCCGUGGAGGAGCCGCCUCCAGCGAAGCGUACGCCUUCGCCGCCGCCAAGACCACCCUCCCCGCCGAAGGUCAAGAUGUCUUUGAAGGACUUCGCUCUACGCAAGAAGAAGAAGCGGGAACAAGAGGCGAACAAGGUGGUCACGGAGCGUUCGAGCGUCGCACCGUCGGACGCGUCGUCUUUGCCGAACACGCCUGCUGGGCAGCCAGCUACGCUUGUCGAAUCUCCUGCGGCGAUGAGCAUGCCGUUGGCUCAAGCGAGCGAAUCCCCGAGUGCGAACACUGUCGCUGCGCCAUCACAUCAUGAGGCUGCCUUCAACGUUGUUGCCCCGACCACGGACGACAAGCAGCGGAUGACCUCGGAACAAAUUCCGGCGGAGAGCGCGAAGGAGCCGGUGGACAAUGCACAGGCUCAAGACAUACGUGCGAGGGAGUCCCAUGGGCUUAAGUUGGAGAUGAUGGAGUCAUCUGUCCCACCAGAGCCGCGCAUGAGCAAUGGACAUCCCCGUUCACCGUCACCCAAGCCCCACGAAGCUAGUGUCUACGCAACAGAGACGGAGGCUGAACCAGCGGCCAAGCCCCGCUCUCUCCUCAGACGGGAGAGUCUGCGCUCACCUUCCCGUGACCGUAGCCCUAGGGAGAGCAUCUACCGUACUCCAAAGGCCAGCACCCCUCGACCCGAACAAGCCCCCUCGAGCGACGGCGCCCACGAAGACGGCGAGAUCGUGAGCCCGCUGCCGAAGUCCCUUCCCCUCCCGCCGCGCUCGAGCUCGCCGCCGACGCACCCGCGCUCGUUCUACCCGCCGCGUGCGCCCGCAGGGUUCGCGCCCCGCCGUCCGUUCCGCCACCAGACACUACAGAAUACACUACCGCCCGACCGCCACCUCCCCAGCGGCCCCCGUGCCCUUCGCGGCCUGCACGACACGCCGUAUUCAUCGCAGUCCUCGAGGCCGACGGGCGGUGCGGGACAAUCAUUGCCGAGGGGCCCGUCGGCGGACCGGGACAGGAUGGAGUGGGAGAGGGAGAGGGAGAGGGUGUGGGUGCCGUCGACGAGGGGACGGGGGAGAGGCAGUAGUUGGAAUCGGUGAAGAAUGUUGUGUUACUUAUCGUUAU